UACAUUAUUACAUCAACAUUACAUCACAUCAACAUUACAUUUACAAACUUACUUCUGGUGCCACUCUGUGGACAUUUCACAUCAACAACACUUUUGCCACUGGGGACAUUGUUUGAAUUUUGGUAAGCACAAACUGAUUUCAGCAGCAGAACUUUCGACCUCCUGUUUCUGAAUUCACAGUGUCAUUAGUCUGCAGGUUUGGCACAAAUUUGUGGAUUCCAUGUCUGCUCAAGUGCAUGCUGUCAUUAAGUUUGGGAUAUGUCUAAUACUGAAAUGUAAAUUUUUCAACUUUUCAACAUACAUUUUGAAACUGAGUUUAAACUUAAAUUACUAUGAUGAUAAUAUAAUCUGCAAUGAAGAACUGUAUUAUAGAACAUGGGCGCCUGCAGGAAUUCAUCAGAAGGUACGCACAUAAAUCUGCCAAAUACAAGCUUAUAUCUAGGGUGGUCCGGAGGCAUACUCACCAAUGAGAUUUUUUUUGUUGCAAAAACAACACCAAAGCAUUCAAUUCUAGUGACUUAAAGAGAAGCAUUUUUUGAAAUUUUCUCGAGUAUGAGUAGCGUUCAUGCAACUAUUCCAGUAACUGUUCAGACCAAACACGUUCUCGCACUAAAAAAGCAAAACACACCAAAACAACCAGAGCAGAACGUAGGUGUCUUGAGACGCGUUUUUAUCAGUUGAAAAAGUUAUUUUUAACUUGACACGGUGUCUAAAAAUGCAGCGCUCCCAUGAGAGAUGCUAAAAACACAGUGAAACAUGACAGUUGUCAAGAGACAUCAAUCUAACGAAUAUUUACAUGGAAAACGAUUGAAAAACAGCGCAAGCGGACGCAAAAACACAUUUGGUUUGAACAGCCCCUUGUUCACAUUGCACAACACUAGCUGAAGUUUCUCAAAGUAACCUCUCAAAAAGACAGCCUUCUGUUUCAGUUGAUUGUAGGUAAAUUUCAACUUUAUCCAGCGAUGUUUGUUCUGCGUUCGUAAAUAUCCCGAUACUGUUUUGUGUGUGAAACUGCUCCAAAUGAUUCUGAGAGCGCUCCGAGAAUUGUACUGAAUCACGAUUCAAAUCAGAACGUUUUGCAAGCCGUUUUGAUUAAAUUGGGAGUUUUUUCCCAUCGGCGCGGGACUCGUGCUGAGGUGGCCGCCUACGUUUGGGCCACGGCUUGCGCGGCUUUACGGACGGCUCGAUGGCGACUUUUGGCGGUGCUGAGGCAGCAGGCGUGGGGGCUUUAGCCAGACUCUGGCCUGAGACAGAGCAGGAGCGAGUCAGUUGGGAUGAAGUACUGCUCCGUUUUGGCAUAAAAUGUCUCAUAGCCUGCGAGUGUUGCUGAGCCAUAACAUAGCACUCAGCAAACCCAUCCACAGGGCUGCCGAUUAGGCUGGCUGGAGACACCGGAGCAUCAAAGAGGGCAGCUUUUUCCAUGUCACGCAUUUAUGUGAGGGUCAGCCAGAAGUGACGAAUCCAGGACCACCAGGUUGUCCAUUGAUUUGCCAAUGGCCUGUGCAGUGAUUUUAGUGGCCUGCAGCGCUAAGUCCAUAGUGGUGCGGAGCUCUUUAAACGUCUCUGGAUCGUAGCCUUGCUCGUCCAUUUGCUUAAAGAGCUUAGCUAUGAAAACUUGGAGCACCGCCAUCGCGUGGAGUGCUGAACCAGCUUGGCCUGCUGCUGAGUAUGCUUUUCCAGCCAGUGCGGAUGUUAGUCAACAUGACUUGGAAGGAUGAGUGGAGCAUGAUUUCCACGCCUUGCUACUUGCUCGGCUUCUGCAGAGGGCCGAAAAUCGUCACGCAUAUACUGUAGCAGUACAUGGAAAUUGAGGGGCUCGCAGGGCGUGUACCGGCACAAGGUCCACAUCAAAUUCAUCCUGCUCAACCUCGUCGCCCUGCCGUGCCUUCUCAUGUGAUCCCUUGGGAGUCACAGAAGAGGCGGAUGGUAGGGCGCUGGAUGUGCCCCUCGCAUAAGGAGAAUCCAUUCAGGAAUCGUAUUGUGGAAUCGUUCUCCGAAGAUGGCCAGGGUAACCUUAGCUUCAACGACUUUGUGGACAUGUUUUCAGUUCUCAGUGAAAUGGCCCCAAGAGAACUGAAAGCCAUUUAUGCUUUUAAAAUAUAUGACUUUAAUGUGGAUAAUUACAUUUGCAAGGAAGACCUAGAAAAGACCUUGAACAAGUUGACAAAGGAGGAGCUGACACCAGAGGAGGUUAAUCUGGUGUGUGAGAAGGCCAUUGAGGAAGCCGAUCUGGACGGAGACAACAAGCUCUCCUUUGCUGACUUUGAAAACAUGAUCUCCAGGGCUCCAGACUUUUUAAGAUUGAAUGUGAGAGCUGCAGUGGCUGGCACCACUGGCAAUAUGUUAUCCAGGCAAAUAUGGAAGCUGUUUCAUUUGUCCAGUGUGCCAAGACCAUAUUUUAAUAAACUAUUUUCUGGGGCACUCGCUAAACUUGUGUUUAAUUUCAUAUAAUGUUUUUGAAGCUUUCAUUAUCUUACCGAGAAGAGCCACACUCAUUGUGACUGCUUCCUCAAUUUUUUUAGGCUUUGGUAACAUUGUUUUAUGUGACUAAUAUUUACAUAACUUAUAAUACAGAAGGCUGGAAUUGGUGCAGCAUGCCUUUAGUGUGUGCAGCAGAUGAUUUUGUCAUUGUGCAUAGAGUAGGCUAAACUUGAAAAUAAGAAAUGAGAAGAACACCUGUGAAUGAGUAUUGAGUAUUGUUCUUGAUCAUGUAUUUAAUCAUUUAUUUAAUGCUUUAUUGCUUGCUAGUCACAAUUAAUUCUUUACCUAGUCAUGCAGUCUUUUAAAUGGUUGCCAGCAAACAUACUGAUACAGUUUUAUUCAGUAAAGUGCAGUGUUAAACUACUAUCAAAGCUAGACUACUGAAGCCAUUCUUUCUGUGAUCACUUGUAGAAAGCAUUGUCUGUAAGUGUUUCUGAUCAUUCCUCUAUUUAUUGUUUAUAUAGCUCUAUGUAAUGAAAUAUUUAAACCAUUUAAAGAACAAAACAAAAACUCAUAUUGGAGUGGUGUUGUUAGAGAUUCAAGUAGAUGUAUUAUAUUUCCAUCCUUUUACUGCAGUUUUACUCUCUUUCAACAUAUUCAUUGUGAUGUUGAAUAAAAGGAACG